UAAAGAGGUUUUUACCAGGAGCCGAAUUAUACACAGAGGUCUCCUCCUCUCCAAAACAAAUAGUCCAGGUCAUUAAGAUUGGUAAAAUCACCAAAUAAAGCAGUUUCAUGUUACAAAUCAGUGUUUCUUUUAAGCUGUAUGAUACGUCGCAGACGGCCUGCUAGCCCAGCACCUGCUCACCUUUUUUUUUUUCCUGAUAACCUAGGAUCCAGACAUUCAGGAGGUUUUAACUGGGAGCCGAAUUAUCUGCAGAGGCCUCUUCCUCUCCAAAACAAACGGACCAGGUGAUUAAAACUGACAUGGCCCAAACACCCGAUGACCACCGCUUCCAUUGCUCCGUGUGUCUGGAGCUUUACACUGAUCCUGUCUCCACUCCAUGCGGACACAACUUCUGCAAGCUCUGCAUUAACAAAUACUGGGACAACACAGAAGUGUCUAGCUGUCCCCUGUGCAAGGAGAUAUUUCACAAAAGACCCGAGCUGCGGAUCAACGUCUCUUUCCGAGAGGUCGUCAAUGACUUUAAAAACACAAACGCAGGCUCAGUGACGAGCGGUGAAGCCUGCGAGGCCAAAGCUGGUGAAGUGGCGUGUGACGUCUGCACAGGUGUGAAACUAAAAGCCAUGAAGUCCUGCCUGGUGUGUGUGGCGUCGUACUGUGAGGGUCACCUGGAGCCUCACAAGACAGCAGCAGCCCUGAGUAGACAUAAGCUGAUUGAGCCAGUCAGGAACCUGGAGGACAGGAUAUGUAAGAAGCAUGGGAAGAUCCUGGAGCUGUUCUGUAAGAUGGAGGAGAGGUUCAUAUGUCGGAUUUGUGCCGAGACGGACCACAGCCAACACCAAGUUUUAACAGCAGAGGCCGCGUCACAGCAGAAAAUGAUUCAGAUUAAGAGGAAAGGGAGAGAAGUGGAGCUGAUGAUUCAGGAUCGGCAAAAGAGGAUUGAAGAAAUCAGUCACUCAAAGAAACAAACCAAGGAAAAUGCACAGAAAGAAAUGGAGGACAGUAUCGAGAUUUUCAUGUCUGUGAUGGAGUCCAUGAAGACUAUCCACACAGAGCUCAUGGGGGAGAUUGAGGCGAGACACGAUGCAGAACAGAGGAGGUUUGAAAAGCUCAUCAAAGAGCUGAGGCAGGAAAUCGACGAACUGGAGAAGAAGAGUGCUGAACUAAAGCAGCUCUCGGGCAUUAAAGACCAUAUCGAGCUCCUGGAGGCAUUCAAUCAAGCCUACACACUACCGUCAACUCAGACCUGGCCAAGCAUCCCCGUCAAUGAGGUGGAUUUCUUGGGUUAUAUCCAGACGUCGUUGAUUAAAGCAAGAGAGUUCAUCAACCUGGAAAUUAAGAAACAGUCAGCCAAUAAGCUUAAGAAAAUGCAGCAAUUUGCAGAGGACAUCACCAUUGACCCUGACACCGCAGGACCCUGGCUUAUUGUCUCUGACGAUGGGAAAGAAGUCAGGCAGUCUCCAAAGAAGCACAAGGUUCCGACUAGCCCGGCGAGGUUCACAGAAAACACUUUUGUUGUUGCAACAAAGGGUUUCACCACAGGCAGACACUACUGGGAGGUCAGGGUGAAGGAGAAAUCCAACUGGGUGCUGGGAGUCGCUUCUGGCACGGUGAAGAGGAGGGAACACGUCACUCCCUCCCCAGAAAACGGCUUGUGGACUUUAGGUCACAGGGAUGGAGGGCAGUAUUUUGUGUACACCCGAAAUCCAUUCCCUUUAACGCCGUCUACCCCUCCCCAGCGGGUGGGGGUGUUUGUGGAUUACGAGGAGAGGCAGGUGUCGUUCCUCGAUGUGGAGGCCAAGACUCACAUCUUCACCUUCACAAAGUGUAACUUUACACAGAAGGUUUACCCCGUAUUUGAUCCCUGUGUGGCGGCAGAAAAAAAGGAGGUGGCUCCUCUGAAAAUUAUGAUGGUAGAGCUGACAAAAUAAAACACUGACAUAGAUUCAUCAUCCUGAGCAGCGGUCAACAUUACAGGAGUCACAGUUAUCAAUAUGUAAUCAGAAAUAGACUUACACAAUAUAGUAGUUGCAUGCUUUAUCCAUUAGUGGCAUCUAAUGGCGAGCAUUGCAAAUUGCAACAAGCUGAAUCUUCUACCAAUUAAAAUUCCCUCAGUGUUUAUUGUUCAGUAGGUUUAUACCAGGAGCCGAAUUAUCCACAGAGGUCUCCUCCUCUCCAAAACAAACAGACCAGGUGAUUAACACCGGUAAAAACACUGAAUAAAGAAGUUUCAUGUUACAAAUCAGUGUUUCUUCAAUGCUGUUUGGUACAUCGCAGACAAGCUGCUAGACCAGCACCUGCUAAUUUGCACUAACUUUUUGUCUCUGCUAACAAAAUCCGGACGUUUAGGAGGUUUUAAACGGGAGCCGAAUUAUACAGAGGUCUCCUCCUCUCCAAAAUAAAUGAACUAGGUGAUUUAAACUGGUAAAAACACUGAAUAAAGAAGUUUCAUGUUACAAAUCAGCGUUUCUUCAAUGCUGUUUGGUACAUCGCAGACAGGCUGUUAGACCAGCACCUGCUAAUAGAGUGUGCCAGUAAACCCGGAACUCCGUUAGCGCUUUUAGCACUUCCGGUUCUCUCGUCUAAAAGUCAAUACGUUUUUUGAAUGGGAUUUUGGUAAAAUGCCUCAAAUAAGGUCUGUGGUUAACAAAAGCUUAAGCGAGUUUCAGGUUUUGUUCUACGACAUAAAACACGUCAGUAAAUACCCUACUUGUGAAUUUUGAAGCUUUUAUGUGUCGUAAAAAAGGCGGCUGCUAACAAGUUGCUCAAUACGACUACAAACCCUGUCGGGGACAUUAAACGUCAUCACCCCCGAACAGGCAAGAGUGCUGGCAGUCCGCCAUUACAGCUUCUUAUUUAGCUUAAACAGUCCGAUUUCCCCAUUAUACAGUGUUUUAAAAUAAAGCGGCCAAAAUCAGUUGAAAGCUUAGUGGCGGUGAUGUCAAGAGUCAUGCGAUGUGGAGUAGUCAUGUAGUCCAUUAAAGCCUAACGUUAGCUUUUUACUUUUGGCGAUCGCAUUUAAGCUUCAAAUGCGGCAUGAAAGGUGUUCAUAUGUGAAGAUUAUCUCGCUGAACAAAACCUGUAAGUAUCAUAAACUUGUGUUAGCCACAGAGCUUAUUUUCUGACAUAAUCCAAAACGCAAUGCAAAAAUCACAUUCACUUUCUCUUCCGGGAACCAGCGCAAUGCUAAACUUCCGGGUUUUGACGUCAGCCCUGGCACACUCUAUUUGCACUAACUUUUUGUCUCUGCUAACAAAAUCCAGACGUUCAGGAGGUUUUAACUGGGAGCCGAAUUAUCCACAGAGGUCUCUUCCUCUUCAAAACAAACAGACAUGAUUAAAAUCGGUAAAAACACUGAAUUAAGAUGUUUCAUGUUACAUAUAAGCGUUUUUCCAAUGCUGUUCAGUACACUGCAGAUGAGCCACUCGACUAGCACCUGCUAAUUAGUGAUGGCCAAAUGAGGCCUCAUGAACCACUGUCUUUAUUUUCUGAAGCCACCAGAUGGCGCUGUGUGUUCAACAAAGGUUUGAAAGCACACUUCAUUGCAAGUCCUUCAGCCUUUAUCUUUAAACCAAGAGCGCCAUCUGGUGGGGUCAGAAAAUAAAGAAAGUGGUUCAUGAGGCUUCAUUUGGCCAUCACUACCCCAGUGCAACUGCACUGCCUGCACUGUCUUUAUUUACACCCCUGGUUCCAGUCCUUAUCAAAAACAUCUACAUGAUUAAUGAAUGAAUCAGUUUUUAGUGAAGACAAAUAAGAGAUGAAUAAAUAUAAACAGAGUAAGAAAGUGUUUGUGAGAGGAUGAUUUUUUUUUUUUUUUUUACAACUUGUGACUUGUAUGAGACUAUAUAUAUGAAAUUAUUAAUUUCAUUUAACAAUUGAUUCGUUGAUUUCUUAAUGAU